AUGCAUCUCAACACUUGUUUCGCACUUCUGUUGAUGGGUCUGGCUUUUGCUCUGGCCCUUCCAGCGGAAAAGGUAGAAAAGUCGUUGGAAGAAAAGAAUGUGGUUCUCGAGGACACUGUCGACGACAAGGCAAGGUCUAAGAAGGCAGCACUCUGGAUGCAGCAACCCCAGAUUCAAGCCGUCAACUACGUUCCUCAGGCUCAAACUGUCAGCAUGCUACCACAAGGUCAGACAGUCAGCGUCCAGCCAGGUGCACCAGCUAUUCAAGCACUGAAUAUCCAACCUGCUGCCCAGACGACUCUCAGCCUUACAGCGUCUGCACCUGCAGUCCAGAGCUACAGCAUUGAAAGUGCUCCAGCAGCUGUCCAAACUUUCAACCUUCCAGCUGCUGCACCUACUGUCCAAUCUUUCAGCAUUGAAAGUGCUCCAGCAACUGUCCAAAGCUUCAGCCUUCCAGCGUCUGCACCUGCAGUCCAGAGCUACAGCAUUGAAAGUGCUCCAGUAGCUGUCCAGAGUUUCAGCCUUCCAGCUGCUGCACCUGCUGUCCAAUCUUUCAGCAUUGAGAGUGCUCCAGGAACUGUCCAAAGCUUCAGCCUUCCAGCUGCUACACCUGCUGUCCAAUCUUUCAGCAUUGAGAGUGCUCCAGCAACUGUCCAGAGUUUCAACCUUCCAGCGGCCGCACCUGCUGUCCAAUCUUUCAGCAUUGAAAGUGCUCCUGCACCGUUGCAGACAGUCAGCGUUCAGCGUGCUACCCCUGUAGUCCAGAGUUACAGCAUUGAGAGUGCUCCUGCGCAAUUCCAGACAGUCAACGUUCAGCGUGCUACACCUGUAGUUCAGAGUUACAGCAUUGAGAGUGCUCCUGCGCAAUUCCAGACAGUCAACGUUCAGCGUGCUACACCUGUAGUCCAGAGUUACAGCAUUGAGAGUGCUCCAGCAACUGUAGCCGAGAGCUAUAGCAUCCAAAAUGUUGCCCAGGCUGUCCAGCCUCUAGGCCUCUCCCAGCCUUUGACUCAAUACACAACGCUUGCUCAAAGUCCAGUUUUCAGCUCUUUGUCAAGCAUGAGCCAACCAAUUGUGUCUCAAACUAGUACGACCUACGUGUAA